GCAAGUGACAGUGCACGCAGUCGGGAGAAAGCGCGGAACCGUCGGAUCGCGGCGCGUCGGCACCGUGGCUUUGCGCAUAAGUGAUGGCGUCAAACGCAUCGCACCAUUUGUUUAGGGACACCAUUGCGAAGUAAGAAGGAUGUUGGCUUUGCAAUGACGCCGACUCCGCUGCAUCAUCGGAGCCAGUACCCGUAAGUCCUUGCAUGCGGCUGCAGCGGGAGGUAUUUGACCCCAGGUGGUCCUAUAUCACUUACCAUGGGUCUGCCAGCUGUGCUACGCCGACGCUGGAGCAGUAGAUACAUCUUGUGUUCGGCCGCUGGCCUUUACAUUGUUAUUUGCUUCCUAUUCGACAUGCCGCUAUUGAGUAGCAAGCUCCCAAACUACACUGGCAAAUACGAUGUAGGCACCAUUGACAUUGAGGCGCCAUGUGCGAGACGAAACGUUAGCGACCUGGUCUUCACGAAUACGGGCAAGCCAGCGUUCGAGCUGGAAACGGUGCUCUUUUCACUCUACUACCCGGCAGUAGACAAGGUGCGCUCGCAGAAGUCGCACCUAUGGGUACCAAAGCCUCUCUCAUUGACGGCAGAGGGCUACGCUCGUUUCGCCAAGAUCAACAAUUUCCUAACAAACAGCGUAUUCACCGUUGCACUCUGGACGUUGGUUGGCAGCACAAAGAUACCGGCGCAAGUCGAUGUACCUCUACACGGCACGGUCAAAACUUAUCAGGAUUACCAAAAAGAGCAUCCCUCUGACGACGACGAUGGUCUGCCUCGCUUCCCCGUCAUUGUCUUCUCGCACGGGAUGGCGUCCAGUCGUACUUCUUACACUCAAUACUGUGGUGAGCUAGCAUCACGGGGCUUCAUCGUUGCUGCGAUCGAACAUAGAGACGGCAGCGGACCCGGCUCGGUCAUAAUGAGUACCGACGGUUCUACGACCAACCGCUUUCUGGCAAGACCGAGCGAGCUCCAGCCUGAGCCGGCCAUGGAAGACUACAAGGCUACGGGUCUUGCAUUUCGACAAGCCGAGAUUGAGGAGACUGUCCGUGUGCUUCGGGAGAUCAAUGAAGGCUCAGGCAAGGCCGUCUACACCGCGAACUCACGUAAAGAAGGAGUAGACCUUGCUGAGUGGCGCGGCAGACUGAUGAUGGACCGCAUGGUUCUAGCCGGCCAUUCCUACGGUGCCACUGGCGCACUGAGAGCACUCAAGGGCGCCCCAAGCGCCGAACGGCCUUUCGUCGGCGGCAUCAUUCUCGAUCCGGGUAAAUCUUCUGGACCGCUCAACGAUGACAUCAAUGUCCCAACAAUGAUCAUCCACUCGAGCUCUUGGUCGAAGAAGCUGACCAUCUUCCAUGGGCAGCCUCACUUUGCCGUUGUGAAAGCAGUUGCUGAGAAGAUCCUCAACGAGAGGCACAAAUUUGCCUGGUUUAUGACCGCGAAAGGCACGACGCAUCCUUCCGUUACCGACGCUCCGCUCAUCGAGCCAAUGCUAUUAUCGUGGACAACAGGCGCGACCAUUAACGUACGAGAGGGCGUCUUGCAGUACGUGAAAGCGACGCAGGACUUUAUGCGUUUCCUCGCGGACGGACAACGGCAGGGCGUGCUGAAGGAAGAAGUGACGCACCCGGAGUACGACCACGAUAUUCGAGACGAUGCUAGAAGGGCGGCCAUGAACAAGGAGAUUGAGAAGUACUGGCAGAUCCACGUGGCGCCAAGCACGGCGUGUCCGUACCCGGGACUAUGCGGUAUUGUCCCUGACUGAAAGCACGAAGCCAGCGAUAUCUACAGAAAGUGAUGGCCCGGCGGACGCCGCUUCGAGGACAUGUACACCGGUUUAUCGGUUGACAGUCAUUGCGCACAGCCAAGACGACGAAUCACUUGUCGCCGCCCGGAGACACUCCACAGCCUCCGACAGUAAUGUUGUAAAAUCCAGAGAACCGGCCAGCGACCGAGGACAGCCUACCCAGGCGCCAACCCUUGUCUUG